AUGCCCCCCGUCAGCUCGAACCCCGACAAGGCCCCGCUGCUGCCGACCCAUAACAAUGACUCGGCCACCUCGAUGUCGCCGGGGCUGAACGACUCCAAUGUCUACCCCCACAGCUAUGCGGCCUACUCCACCGACAGCCAUGCGGCCGUCUCGCCGGAGGAGCCGGCCUCCCCCUCGGCCACGGCCGCCUCGGCCCCGGGCAACCCAUACAAGAAGUACAUGCUGCUGGUGUCCUUCGGCCUGGUGGUUCUGGUGGGUGUCUCCUUUAUCGGCUAUGCGUUCCUGCCCCGGUCCGGCUACCCGGACAGCUCGCUCAGCGUGUCCGAGGCAGCCGUCGCCACCGAGCACCCAACCUGCUCGCAUACCGCCCGCCGCGUGCUGGAGGAAGGCGGCUCCGUCGUGGAUGCCGCCAUUGCGGCCUCUUUCUGCAUCGGUGUGGUGCACAACUUUGCCUCCGGCAUUGGUGGCGGCGGGUUCAUGCUCGUCCACGAUGUGGAGCACUCGUCCAUCGGGCCCGACGACACCCCCCUGCCCUAUUCCUCGCAUCUGUAUGACUUCCGUGAGAUGGCCCCGGCCCUGGCCCAUCGGGACAUGUACGUCGGCGACAUGGACAAGGCCAAGUAUGGCGGCCUGGCGGUGGCUGUUCCUGGCGAGGUGCGCGGCAUGCACCUGGCCUGGACCAAGCACGGCCGCCUCCCCUGGGCUCGACUGGUGUACCCCUCUUUCGAGCUUGCCUUCCAUGGAUUCGAGGUGAACGACCUCCUGGCUCGGCGCCUGCUGCAGGUGGAGCAGCUUGUUCUGACCGACCCCCUGUGGGCGGAGAGCUAUCUGGUUGACGGGCGCCUGGCUCGGACUGGUGACACCAUCCGCCGCCGGCUGCUGGCCGACACCCUGAACGCCAUCCUCGUCGAUCCGGAGGCCUUCUACACCGGCCCCAUUGCCGAGUCCACGAUCGAGGCCAUUCGCUCCACCGGUGGCAUUCUCACCUCCGAGGACCUGGUUGGCUAUGCCCCGCUCAUUCGCAUGCCCAUCUCCCUGGACAUCAACAAGAAGCGCUUCAUCACCUCGGGCUCGCCGACCUCCGGCCCUGCCCUGCUGCACAUGCUCAACAUCCUCGCCGGCUACACCCAGUUCCCGGCUCACAAGACCUACGAUCCUGUUCUGGAGCAUCGGCUCGUGGAGGCCAUGAAGUUCGGCUUUGCCGAGCGCACCUACCUCGGCGACCCGAGCUACCUGAAUAAGCACGACGGGUCGGAUCCCCGCCUGCCCCCCUACGACCCGGAGCUGGACCAGGACCUGGUCACGGCCCGGCUGAUUGACCCGGCCUAUGCCAAGGAAACUCGCGAGAAGAUCGACGAUGGCAAGACCUUCCCCCCGGAUUACUAUGGCGGGAACUACGGCGUGUCCGAGGCCCCUGGCACCACGCACAUUACCGUGGUCGAUCGCAGCGGCAAUGCGGCCUCCAUCACCAGCACGGUCAACAUUGCCUGGGGCUCGCGGAUCAUCACCCCCAGUGGCAUCCUGCUCAACAACCAGAUGGACGAUUUCAGCACGCCGAACACCACGAACCACUACGGCCUUCGUGACUCGCCGGCCAACUACAUUGCCCCUGGCAAGCGCCCCCUGUCUAGCUCCGUGCCGUUGGUGGUGCUGGACCGCCUGGAGGACAACCGCUUCGAAACUCGCUUUGUUUUGGGGGGCUCUGGCGGCUCGCGCAUUCUCUCCGGAGCGUUGAACGUUGUCCUCAAUCACAUCGUUCGCGGCCUCAAUCUCAUGGACGCCAUCAUGAUGCCGCGUCUGCAUCACCAGCUCUACCCCAAUGAGGUGGAAGCCGAGUACAACUACCCCAAGUCCAUCAUGAGCCACAUGCACAAGUACAUGGGCCAUGAGUACUGGUACCGGGCCAAGAAUGACACUGUGUCCGUCAUUCAGGCCAUCUCGCGCGUGGUGACCACGCCCCCGGCGACUGGCGCCGCUGGCGCGCGCGAGACCACCACCCCAUCGGUCACUCUGACUGCCGUGUCUGACCCUCGCAAGGAGGGCCUCCCCGACGGAUACUAA